UCAUACUCAAAGCUGAUAUUAAUUUUUGUUUCCUGCAUAUUGUUAUUUCUGUAAAAUCUCAAACCUGCAUAACUCAAUACUCUGUCUUCAAGAUGGAACAAAUGGCAAGACCAACACUGAUCCAUGAACUAAGACCAUUUCAGCUGAAUUUCACCAUGAGGAUUAGAGUUUCAAGGAUAUGGAGACCACAAAGAUUCCAAAGUGAAAUAUAUGAUGGUCUUCACAAUAUCUUAACUGAUGAAAGAGGAGAUAUGGUUCAUGCUAAGAUUGAUGAAUCUGAUUAUCCCCAUGUUUUGAAUAAGAUGGAACAAGGACGAAUCUAUGACAUUUCUCAUUUCAACACAUCCAAGAUUCAAGGGAGAUAUAAAGUCGUCAAUCAUGAAGUGCAACUACGUUUCAACGAGCUGACAAAAUUUGAACCCGUUGAACAUGGGGCUCCCCCAAUUCCAGAAUAUUCCUUCCAUCUGCUUGAAUUCAAUCAGCUGGGCCUAAACCCUAAACCGCAAACACUACUUAUAGAUGUUUAUGGCUGUAUCAAAUCAGUUAUCCCAGAACAUCAGGUGCUCAUAAAAGACACAAACAAGAUGGAACCAAAAUGUGAAGUCGUUAUGGAGAAUUUGAGGAGAGAAGAUUUGAGAAUCACUCUAUGGGGCGAUGUCGCACGAAAAUUCGACUUAGAAACCAUUCGAGCGUCACCCUCACCAGUUCUUGCUGUAGUGACCAGUCUCAGAAUAACACAAUUCCAAGAGCAAAUUACAACAACAGCUACAAAUCACUCCUGUGUUUUCAUAAAUCCAGAGAUUCAACAAGCACAGGAGUACAGAGCUGAGUUCUCCAGGCCAGGUGAUAAAGUAAAGAUACUUCCUCCUCCACCCAAUCGGCAAACACCAGAACAAGUGAAAGAAAAGACAACAAUAUCAGUGUCUGAGCUGCAUACACUGGAUCCAGAUUCAUACACAAACCAGAGUGUGUGUUGCAUUGCUUCUAUCCGAAGGUUUUCAUUGCACAGUGGUUGGUGGUACAAAGCUUGCGGGACAGGGACCUGUUAUAGGCAACUAACAGAAGAUAAAGAUACUAAUGACCUUAAAUGUAGCCACCAUGGCAUACAAAUUCCUGUCCCAUGGUAUAAAGUUCACAUGAUAAUUUAUGAUCGCAAUAAUCAAGCUACAGUACUGAUUAUGGGAAAGGAGGCAGAACAACUAUUUGGCAUUAGUUGUGCAGACCUGCUGAAGAAAGAACUGUAUGGAACAGAACUAAUAGUACUGGAAGAAAUGCAAAAAACUGCUGAUCAAACUUAUCUGUUUGAGCUCAAAUUCAAUAUGAACAAUGAGUUGUUCGUUAGAAACAUCUUCCCAACUCACCAAGCCUCUGCAUCGUUAACACAGCAAGAGCCAACUACCACAACACCAGAUCGUUUCCUUUAUCAAAAGAAGAGAAACAUUGAGGGGAGCAGCCGAACAGUUUCCCUUUCAGAAUCUGAAAAAAAGCUGAAGAGUGAAGAGCAGAUCAAGCAUAGAACCACAGUUCUACCCUCAUCAACAAUGGUUCUGCGAAGCAAAGAACUCUUCGAAAUUUUUCAAUACCUACCACAAUGACUAUGAAGUGAUGCACCUACAAGAUCCACAGGAGUUAGAAGGAGUUCUUUCUCCUUCUCAUUUAAAGGACAUGGAAUCUGUUCAAUCUCUACGCAGAACAGAGUGAACAUAAAGAAAUAUUAGUUUAUUUGCUGGGUUAUUUUUAGUUCUCUUAGUAUACGUGAGUAAGCACCUUCUUAUUCCUGCUCAAUUGUCUUUCCAAUACUCC